AUGCUACCGUACUUGUUCCCUCACCUAGCCGCGUUUGCCAUAGUCUCUGACCUCAUCAAUCACCUCCACACUAGUGACACCCGCUACUGCGCUGCGCUUCCCUCCGAGUUCUGCGCCAAGAACCUCCCCCCCAUGUACAUCACCCUCUUCUACCUCGUCACCCGCCUCCGUGACUCUCUUCGCUCACAUAGCCGCUUAGGAGCUUCUCGCGGCGACCCUCGCGCCUCUUUCUUUGAGGGAUGCUCCCCCGUCCCCCUUUUGCCCUCUGUUGCUUCUGCUGCUGCUGUCGACCUCGUUGGCACCGAGGCAGUCGGGACUGCGUCUGCUCCUAGUGGGAGGCACCGCAGCGGCAAGGGCAAGGGGGGCAAGGGUGGUGGAGGGGACGGCGGGGGCGGCGGUGGCGGCGGUGGAGGAGGUGGACGGGGUAUAGAGGCUGCUGCUCUAGGUGCUAGUGAGUCUGCUGCUCCAGGUACUGGUAAGCCUGCUGCUCCAGGUGCUGGUGAGUCUGCUCUCUCAGGCACUGCGCCUGCUGAGGCCUUGCACACUUUCACUCUUAACUCCGGUGCCUCCUGCUCCUUCUUUCGCGACUGCACCACACUCACGCCGCUCAGUCUGCCGGUUGCUGUCUCCCUGACGGACCCCUCUGGGGGCCCAUUCUUUGCACACUCCUCUACGGUUCUGCCGUGUCCGGCGGUCCCGUCUUCACCUCCCCUCGUUCUCUACGAACUUGGUGAGUGGAGCUGA